AAUGAGAAUUAAAACUAUAUUACGUUUUACUUUAAAAUGAAAACUUCUUUCCUGUGCUUUAUUAUUUAAGAUUAUAUUGUUAAAUGUUUUUCAAAAUGGAGCUAUCAACAUUAAUUUUACCCCAGAAUAUUUGCCGAACUUGUCUUGCUGAAUCAGAUUCCUCCACGUUCAUGAGUGUACACGAUUUAAUUGAACAUGAGAUGAACAAAAUAAAACUAAUAGAUAUAUUAAUCUUUUUAAAUUGCGUAGAGAAUAACGAUGAGGAAAAUUGGCCUCAAGGAAUGUGUCCAUCAUGUGUUUGUACAGCUAUGCUGUCUUACAACUUUAAAAUAAAUUGUUUAAAAGCGAACAUUACCUUAUCUCAAGUGUUUAAUGUACAAAGUAGCACUUCCAGCUUACCGCGUUCUGACAUGGACUCUAUUGAUAUAAAUGUUGUAUAUCAAGACCAUGAGUACGAUACGCCACUAUUUACCAACCACCCAGUCCUUGACUUUGAAAAUGUUUCAGUUAACAAGGAAUUAACACCUUUACCUCCGGUCACUGAAAUAACAUCGACGGAGCAUCCACCGCGACAAGAAAGCGAUAAAAAAUAUUCUUGCACUUUGUGCACUAAAUCAUUUACCAGAAUUUACGGGUUACGUUAUCAUAUGGCCAAGCACAGGGGCGUACUUAGAUUCCUAUGCCCAAAAUGUGGCAAACGAUUUCACACAGCAAAUGGCUUAAGCCAGCACUUAUUGUCUCAUAAAGAAGUUCCACAAUUCAAAUGUGGUUUUUGCAAUAAGACUUAUAGAUCGCGACAGUCUUUAAAGGGACAUUUUCGAGUUGCCCAUUCAAGCAAUAAUAAGUUAUUUGUUUGUGUUAUAUGCGAUAAGAAAUUUAGUGCUAAAUCCAGUUUAAUGAAGCAUAUCAAAAUACAUAAUGGGGUAAAAGAUUAUCCAUGCCCUGAAUGCCCAAAAACAUAUACUCGAGCAUCUUACUUGAGAGUUCAUAGCUUGGUUCAUUCUGGCCAAGAGCGCCCACGGCCUUUUAAAUGUUUAUUCAAUGAAUGCAAUAGAAGUUUUCCAACAAAACAGUCCUUAAAAGUUCAUAUUGCACAUACACAUUCAUCUGAGAGACCCUACAAGUGUGACAUAUGUUCUAAAGGUUUUCCAACAACAUCUGGUUUAAGGGUACACAAAGAGUCCCACUCAAAUGUGGAUACAAGCUGUGAAAUCUGUGGCAAAAAGUUCAUUAAUAAGAGAGUAUUGCAGAAGCAUAUGAAAGUGCACUAUGUUAAUGAUGAUCUUAUCCUAGAAACUGUUGUUGAUUUCUUUAAUGAUUGAAUUAAGUGAAUAACCAGCGAAUAAUGUUUAAGCUUUUUUAUUAUAAUGCUAUGGAAAAAUUGAGAUUAUUGCAUGAUUUAGUUUUAUUUUCAGAAUAGGAUUUUACAUAUAAACAAGUAUAUUAACAGUGAUCAAAAGUUAUUAUUGCUCUCAAAAAUGCCUUAAAAAUAAACAAUUGUUCCUA